AUGGAUCGUGGUCAAGGACAGAGCACUUCGACGCCCAAGAAAGAUAAGAAUACCACCAAGGAGGAUAGGUUGAAUAUGCUCUACCAAAAGUUAAGCAGAGUGAAGCUUACCCCCAGUACAAUUCCUGAAUUGUUGGAUAAUUUAUCUGAUGUCGAGGCAGAUGUUGAGGGGGAAGAACGUCAAAGCGAUUUCAGUAGUGAUAAUGAGGAGACCGCGACGUCUGAUGAGUUUGAUGAAUCAUCGAGUGAGGAGAGUUGCGAGGGGAGUGAGGAUGAGGCGGGGGAUGAGGGCCGCCCAAAGCCACCCAUAAGGAGGCGUGAAGGACGGCUUCAACAGCCAAAUCCUGAUGAUGCCUGGUCUAGUGACAAUACACCACCAUUUGUAGACAGUUUCACUGCCACACCAGGCCUAACUGUCCCAGUGCCAACCACUCCUGUACAAUUUAUACAAUUAUUCCUGACACGGGCCCUCAUUGAAUAUAUCACAGUGGAAACGAACAAGUAUGCCAGACAAUUUAUUCAGAAUGCUUCCAGGCGCACCAUGAGGAUGUGGCAAGAGGUAUCGUUGAAGGAAAUGGCCAGGUAUUUGGGUCUGUCUAUGUUGAUGGGUAUUGCACGACUCCCGACGAUGAGAAUGUACUGGCAAACAAGCCGGUUGUGGCAUAUGAGGACCUUCAAUAUUUUCAUGACUGUAAAACGAUACCAACAUAUCAGCCAGUUUUUCCAUAGUUACAACAAGCUUGCAAUUCACCCAAACAAUAAGGACCGAAUAGUAAAACUGCGCACAAUCAUUACUUAUCUUACCACCAAGUUUGGCACAUACUACGUUCCCAAUAAAGCACUCAGUUUGGAUGAAGGAACAAUGUCGUGGCGUGGUCGUUUAUCCUUCAAGGUUUACUAUCCAAAUAAACCAGAUAAGUAUGGGGUAAAGUUGUACAUGCUUGCUGAGGCAGGGACUGGCUACAUUAUUGACUUUGAGGUGAAUGCUGGAGUUGGUAAGACAAUAGUGGAGACAGUGAUGGCCUUGAUGCGGCCAUUAUUAAACAAGGGUUAUCAUCUUUAUAUGGACAAUUACUAUAACUUUGUCCAUCUCACAGAAUUGCUACGGGAACAUGGUGUGUACACUUGUGGAACACUCAGAUUGCAGCGUGGCGCCCCCAAACUUCUGCAACAACUUGCAAAAGGUAAAUUCCCUGUUGAUCAAACCAUUUUCAGGCGCAAGGACAACACUUUUAUUAUCCUAUGGAAAGACAAGAGAGUGGUGUCAGUGAUUACAAACUGCCACAAUGCUGACACACAAGAAGUACAACGAAGGAAGAGAGUGAGGAAACGUGACGGAGCAACAUCAGUAAAGAUUGUAACUGUGCACAAACCCAGUGCCAUUUGCGACUACAACACCAACAUGAAAGUUGUUGAUCACUUCGACCAAAUGGUCAAAUAUUACAGGUUCACCAGGAAAUCACAUAAGCGGACGAAGAAGAUCACAUUUUAUUUCCUUCAGAUGGCUCUACACAAUGCCUAUGUGUUGUACAAGAUGUACACAACUGAUGCCAAGAAAUUGACCCUACUCCAGUUUCACGAGGAAGCAAUAUGGGCCCUGUUGAGGUGGGACCAGGAUGAGUGUCCUGCCACUGAAAGCCCUAUCCCACAUGCUGAGGAUUACCAAGAUCCUUCUGAUGAUUUGGCAACACCGGGACCAUUUGGAGUGAGGCGUCCUUUUUUCCUCCUCCACGCCAAGCACAAGACACAUCCUCAUCUGACACAGAACCUGAAACGGAAACGCCUGAACCUGAACCUCGUCCUCCACCAGUGA